AUGACAUCAACAUCCAAAGGAAUUCUCCGCCCAUUUUUAAUCUGCAUUAUCCUGGGCUGCUUCAUGGCAUGUCUGCUUAUUAUAUCAAGCCACAAUAGCUGGAUCUUCAGCCCAAUGGAGUCUGCCAGCUCAGUACUGAAAAUGAAAUUUCUUUUUUCCACAAAAACUGAUUAUUUUAAUGAAACUACUAUUCUGGUGUGGGUGUGGCCAUUUGGGCAGACCUUUGACCUUACAUCCUGCCAAGCAAUGUUCAACAUCCAAGGAUGUCUCACAACAGACCGGUCACUGUACAACAAAUCUCACGCGGUCCUGAUACAUCACACCGAAUAUCAGUUGGAUCUCACUAAUUCUACCCAGCAGACCCAGAGCCAACCCUUCCAGAAAUGGAUUUGGAUGAAUUUGGAAUCACCAACUCAUACUCCCCAGAAGAGGUGCAUUGAGCAUUUGUUCAAUCUGACUCUAACUUACCGCCGACGACUCGAGCCAUACUCAGGCGGCAAAAACUAUAGAGAAUUUCAUAAACAGCAUAUUCCAGACAGGAUUCAUUCAUUCAUUGAAGAUUAUAACUCUCCCAGUGAACUAGCAAAAAAUAUCACUGAAAGGAAUCAGUCUGACAAACAACAAUAA